AUUGUCGGAAAGUUGAAGAGUCAUCAACAGCGAAGCCAAACUGACCGGUUACACAUGAAGAAGGCAACUGUAGCCACCACAAUGCCGCCUACAGAUCCAGCAAAGAUAUCAAAGGUGGUUGUCCAUCCGCUGGUCCUGCUAAGCGUAGUAGACCACUUUAAUCGGAUGGGCAAAGUUGGAAAUGUAAAACGAGUCGUUGGUGUUCUUCUUGGUUCGAACAGACAAGGAGUUCUUGACGUUUCAAAUAGUUUUGCAGUGCCAUUUGAUGAAGAUGACAAGGACAAAAAUGUGUGGUUCCUGGAUCACGACUACUUGGAGAGCAUGUAUGGCAUGUUCAAGAAAGUCAAUGCACGAGAGAAGGUUGUUGGAUGGUACCACACUGGCCCAAAACUUCACCAAAAUGAUGUAGCCAUCAACGAGUUGAUCAGGAGAUACUGCCCAAAUUCUGUUCUUGUCGUCAUCGAUGCCAAGCCAAAAGAUCUCGGUCUUCCAACAGAGGCCUACAUAUCAGUAGAAGAAGUUCAUGAUGAUGGUACACCAACAUCCAAGACAUUUGAUCAUGUGCCAAGUGAGAUUGGAGCUGAGGAAGCAGAGGAGGUUGGAGUGGAACACUUACUCAGGGAUAUAAAAGACACAACUGUAGGUUCACUGUCACAGAGGAUUACUAAUCAGCUGAUGGGUCUGAAGGGUUUACAUUCCCAUAUCACCGACAUAAACAGUUACCUACAGAAAGUCUCAUCACAACAGUUACCUGUAAACCACCAGAUCAUAUACCAACUUCAGGACGUGUUCAACCUACUCCCAGACAUCAAUCUUCAAGACUUUGUUAAAUCUGUGUACGUGAAAACCAAUGAUCAGAUGUUGGUCGUGUAUCUGGCAUCCCUUAUAAGGUCAGUGAUAGCCUUACAUAAUCUAAUAGGUAACAAAUUACAGAAUCGUGAAGCAGAGAAAAGCGAGGUAAAGGACUUAAGUAAGGAGAAGAAAAAGGAGGAAAAAGAGAAGGACUCUGAUAAGAAAGACUCCGAUAAGAGCAAAACAGAAGAUAAGAAGGACACCAAGAGUAAAAGUGGAAAGUGAAAGAAGUAAAUUUUAGUCCAAAAGGUGAUAGUGCUAUUUCAUCAUGAAAAGUGCUCGUUGAUCAUGAUGAGAGACACGGUGAGGCUACACAUACAUAACAGCCAGAUAUUACAGACUUGAGUCUGCUUGUAAUAUUUCAGGUGAAAUAUCACUCCUAAUGUGUAGCAGUCCUACAAAUGGUUGUUGGAUGUUUUGUUGUUUUCUCAGAAGAGAGAGGGAGAGAGAAAUUCUAUGAGAAGUAUUAUAUUGUUUCAGUUUGAAUAGUUAAACCUUAGUUGGAAACAAUAAAACAUACACCUAAUUUAGAAUCAACUCUGUUAUCAGACAGAAAAGGUACAUCAGAAGUCAUUGUUAAUGCCUUAAGUUAGACAGUAUGUUCAAUACAAUUUCCAAAGUAAUCAUAUAACUAAAGGUUUGGGUUCGAGAUUAUUAGCUGUUUCCACAUGGUUUCUUGGGCCCAGACAAUGUACAGCUUGUCACAAGCUACACCAUCAUUCUUACGAUUGUAUCAUAUAUAUAUUUCUGUUGAUAAUUUUCUUCAUUGAAAUAAAUCUGACAUUGUACACUUAA